AUGGAUGAUCUUUACGACGAGUUUGGAAACUUCAUCGGCGAGGCCGAGUCUGACGAGGAAUCCGACCAUGGCGCGGCGGCGGCGGACGCCUACGUCUACGACGAUGAGCCCGAAGACGACGAGCCCGCCAAUGACCAGCAGCUCAUGGAGGUCGACGACGAGGGCCCGUCCAAUGCCGUCAUCCUGCACGAAGACAAGCAGUACUAUCCGACCGCCCAGCAGGUCUACGGCGCCGAUGUCGAGACGCUGGUGCAGGAAGAGGAUGCCCAGCCCUUGACCCAGCCCAUCAUCGAGCCCGUCGUGCAGAGGAAGUUCAACAUCGAGGAAGCCCAUCUCCCGCCCGUGCGCUUCGCCCGCGACUUCAUGACCGAUCUCAUGAACUACCCGGACCAAGUACGGAACGUAGCUCUGGCUGGGCACCUUCACCACGGAAAGACCGCCUUCAUGGACACAUUGGUGAUGGAGACGCACGAUAUCCAGGAGAGGCUGGACAAGAGGCUGGGCCGCAGACGUGACGAGCAGCUGCGUUACACCGACACGCACUUGCUGGAGCGCGAACGCGGUGUCUCGAUCAAGGCCGGCCCCAUGAGCUUGGUCCUGCAGAGCUCCAAGGGCAAGUCGCAUCUGGUCAAUGUCUUGGAUACUCCCGGUCACGUCAACUUUGUGGAUGAGGUUGCCGCAUCGCUGAGACUGGCAGACGGCGUGGUGCUGGUUGUCGACGUCGUCGAGGGCGUGCAGGUGAACACGGAGCAAAUAAUCAAGCACGCCGUUCUCGAGGGCAUCGCCCUUACGCUGGUUAUCAACAAGAUGGACCGCUUGAUUCUGGAGUUGAAGCUGCCUCCGGCAGAUGCCUACUUCAAGCUCAAGCACGUCGUGGAAGAGGUCAACACCGUCAUCGAAAACACCAUUCCUGGACAGGGCGCAAAGUACCGGUUGAGCCCCGAAAGGGGUAACGUGGCCUUCGCCUGCAGCACCAUGGGGUGGUGCUUUACCCUGGGAUCCUUUACGAAGAUGUACGCCGACAGCUACCCCGGCUCCGGCAUCAUUGCAGACGACUUUGCCAAGCGCCUGUGGGGCGACAUUUUCUUUAACCCAAGGAGCCGGAAAUUCACCAGGAAGGCUGUGGAAGAGGGCGCAAAGAGAUCCUUCGUCCACUGGGUGUUGGAGCCUAUUUACAAGCUUUACUCCCAUACCCUCAGCGAGAGCCCCGAGGACCUGAAGGAGACGCUGGCUUCGCUCGGAAUUACGCUGAAGCCCUCCCAGUACAAGACUGAUGCGAAGCAGCUCCUCAAGCUCGCCUGUGAGCAGUUUUUUGGCCCGGCCACCGGUUUUGUGGAUAUGAUUGUUCAGCAUGUUCCGUCGCCCAUCGAGGGAGCAACCCGGUAUCUGGAGCGUUACUACACUGGCCCUACGGAUACACGGACAGCGGAAGCCAUGAAGAAAUGCGACCAGGAUGGACCCCUCGUCGUUCAUGUCACGAAGCUUUUCAACACCACCGACGCCAGAAGCUUCAAUUCCUUUGGACGUGUUCUCAGUGGUAUUGCGAAGCCGGGCGACCAGGUUCGCGUGCUUGGUGAAGGGUAUACCAUUGAAGACGAAGAAGACAUGGUGACGGCAACCAUCAGCGAUGCUUGGAUUGCGGAGUCGAGAUAUAAUGCCCCCGUCAGCGGUGUGCCUGCAGGAAACUGGGUGUUGCUUGGUGGCGUGGACAACUCGAUCGUGAAAACGGCCACGAUUGUCCCCCCCAAGCUCCCAGAAGACGAGGAUGCAUACAUCUUCCGCCCCGUCAAGCACUUCUUCGAAUCUGUCCUGAAGGUGGCUGUGGAGCCCAUCAAUCCCUCGGAACUCCCGAAGAUGCUCGAAGGAUUACGGAAGAUCAACAAGAGCUACCCGUUGAUCACUACGAAGGUGGAGGAAUCCGGCGAACACGUCAUCCUCGGCACUGGAGAGCUCUACAUGGACUGUGUUCUCCACGACCUUCGUCGGCUGUACGCGGAAAUGGAGAUCAAGGUCUCGGACCCCGUGACUCGUUUCUGCGAGACUGUUGUGGAGACUUCGGCCAUCAAGUGCUACGCCCUCACGCCUAACAAGAAGAACAAGCUUACCAUGGUCGCGGAACCUCUGGACCCCGGCAUCGCCGAGGACAUCGAGGCCGGGAAGGUCAACAUCAAGGACCCGGUGCGCGUUGUCGGCAAGUUCUUCGAGGAGAACUACGGCUACGACCUGCUCGCCUCGCGCAACAUCUGGGCAUUCGGACCAGAGGACCAAGGGCCCAACAUCCUCCAGAACGACACUCUCCCUUCAGAGGUGGACCAAAAAGUGUUGAGGAGCGUGCGCGACACCAUCCGCCAGGGCUUCAGCUGGGCGACCCGCGAAGGUCCGCUCUGCGAAGAGCCCAUCCGCAACACCAAAUUCCGCCUCACGGACGUCAAUCUAGACUCCCAACCCAUCUUCCGCGGCGGCGGGCAGAUCAUCCCGACGGCGAGACGGGCAUGCUACUCGAGUUUCCUGAUGGCGAGCCCGAGGCUGAUGGAGCCCGUCUACUCCUGCUCCAUGAUCGGACCCGCCGACGCCGUCAGCAGCCUGUACACGGUGCUCGCGCGGAGAAGAGGCCACGUCCUCCAGGACGGUCCCAUCGCCGGCACGCCGCUGUACUCGGUCAAGGGCCUGCUGCCCGUCAUCGACUCGUUCGGUUUCGAGACCGACCUCAGAAUCCACACCCAAGGCCAAGCCACGGUCGCGCUCGUCUUCGACCGCUGGUCCAUCGUGCCGGGCGACCCGCUCGACAAGGACAUCCGGCCGCGCCCGCUCGAGCCGGCGUCGGCGCAGGCGACGGCGCGCGACUUCGUGCUCAAGACGCGCCGCCGCAAGGGCCUGUCCGAGGACGUGACCAUCUCCAAGUUCCUCGAGCCGGAGCUGUUCCGCAACCUCAAGGAGAGCGGCAUCUUGGACGGCUAG